GAAUCAGCUGGCGAUUAGAUUCAACAAUUGAGUACGUAAUUAACGGUCUUGAUUCUCCCAUCGUUUUCGCCCAUUCAUACCUCUCCACAAACUCCUUCCACAGAAAUGACGAACAUUCAGAGAGAGACAUAGAUCUUUCUCUCUCUUACUUCCUCAUUUUCUCUUUCUAACCUACUAAUCUUGGAUUCAUUCUUCAUCUGCUUCACAAUUUAGGUUUGAUUUUUCGUCAUUUAGCUAUAUACCAAUAGAACACCAGCAUGGUUGCGAAGGGAUUCACAGUGGAUUUAAACAAACCACUUGUUUUUCAGGUCGGUCACCUUGGGGAGUCUUAUCAGGAAUGGGUACACCAGCCCAUUGUCAGUAAGGAAGGCCCUCGUUUCUUUGAAAGUGACUUUUGGGAGAACCUGACCCUCACUGUGUGGUGGGCUAUCCCAACAAUUUGGCUUCCAGUUGUGUGCUGGUGCAUCUCCAAGUCUGUACGGAUGGGUCAUACGCUUCCGGAGAUAGUGAUGAUGGUGCUAUUUGGUAUCUUUAUUUGGACAUUGAUUGAAUACACUUUACACCGCUUCCUCUUUCACAUCAAAACUAAGAGUUAUUGGGGAAACACUAUUCAUUAUCUUCUUCAUGGCUGUCACCAUAAGCACCCUAUGGACGGCCUGCGUCUUGUUUUUCCUCCCACCGCAACUGCUAUUUUAUGUUUUCCGUUUUGGAAUUUGGUCAGGAUUUUUGCUACACCGUCCACUACUCCUGCUCUUUUUGGAGGUGGGCUAUUGGGAUAUGUGAUGUACGACGUGACCCACUACUAUUUGCAUCAUGGACAGCCUUCUAGUGAUGUACCAAAGCAUUUGAAGAGAUAUCACUUGAAUCAUCACUUCCGCAUUCAAGAUAAGGGCUAUGGAAUCACUUCAUCAUUGUGGGACAAGGUAUUUGGAACACUUCCGCCUCAAAAGUCUGCGAAAGAAUGUAAAUAAAAGAGUUCCAUCAUGACCCACAAGCAUCAUUAUUAGCAAUCAAACAUGAUCAUCUUUAUCAUUCAUCAUCUGAUUUAGCAUAGGACAGGCAGGAAAAAAUUUUGAUGCCUUCUGUUCGUGUUUGCGCAAACGAGUGAGGACUGAAUAAAUCUUUAUUAUCAAUUUAUUAUUUAUUUAUUUUAUGAAAAAAUGUUCAUAUGCACUGAAAUACUCCAUGUUGGAAGCUCGUAGGGAUCUCCAAUCUUGAAAUUGAUGUAGAGCAAAUUAGUUUAGUAAGUAGCCUAGGUCAAUUUGUUUGUUAACUGAGAGGUUAUAUUCAGUUCAGAUUUUAGACUAAUCAUGCUCCUCAUUUAUUUGUUAUUCUUUUGCAUUGAAUAAUGGUUGUUUGGGUUUUUGUA